GUCGCUAACACACAACUCUGACGGUUCGAACGAACUAAUUGGACAUUACCGAUCAAUUACUAAAGCUCGAGUGUUGAUCUAAAUUUGUGGUGAUUUUUUUUUUUUUUUUUGGUGGAGGUUUUCUUUGGUGGAGGUGUACCCCCCUCCUCCCUGUCCCAAGUAGUCAUGGAGGCCGCAGAAGAAGCCUCGAGCUAAAUUUUGUGAGGACGUCAGCCGGUUGUUUGGAAAGUACCACAAAAGUAUGUUAUUUUGAGUCUAGGGGUUGGGGGGGGGAAUCGUAUGUUUAUUUUAUGACACAGAUGGCUUCUACACCACGACAAAAACUGGAGUUGAUGUGCAGCAAGAAAAAAGUUACACUAUAGCUAGUUAGCUAGCUAAAAAAUGCUAGCUAGCGCAUUAUCAUUUGUGUGUUGAAUGAAUGAACUGUUAGUGACGUUUGCGUUAUAGUAAACAAAUGCUUGUUUAAUCCUGGGUUUUUAUUUUCGGGUUAACUUCUACCACUGUUAAACUACUCAUCCAUCAAUGGACAAUAAUGGGUGUUUGUGGACGGCGACGGUUUAGCACGCAGAGAUAGUGUUCGUGCGAGCUAACCGCAGCUAGCGGCACUACUCGGACUGUGCGGCGUGACUGUGGAGCACACAGACCGGCUAGGAUGGGGAACACCGUGUCGUGCUGCGUGUCCUCUGAAGGGAGCCCCAAACUCCCGUCCAGACAGCCGGCGGAGCGGCUGGAGGACUUCCACACCAGCACGGACGUGAGCGACGACAACACGGCGCCCUACCUGCAGCACAUCAGCGACAGAGAAGUGCCAGACGAGUUGGCGUUGGAGUCAAACCCAUCGGAUCAUGCCCGAGCUAGCACCAUCUUCCUCAGCAAAUCUCAGACAGAUGUACGGGACAGGAGGAAAAGCAACCACAUAAACCAUGUCAGUCAUGUGUCUCCUGGACCACUGUCAAAGAAAUACAGCUCCUGUUCCACCAUCUUCAUCGACGACAGCACUGUCAGCCAGCCCAACCUCAAGAGCACAAUCAAAUGUGUCACGUUAGCAAUAUACUAUCACAUCAAAAACAGGGAUUCCGACAGAUCAUUGGACAUCUUUGAUGAGAAGCUGCACCCCCUGUCUAGAGAUCCGGUGCCAAACGAUUAUGCCUACGUGGAUCCGGAACACAAACUGAUUUAUCGCUUCGUCAGAACAUUGUUCAGUGCAGCACAGCUCACAGCAGAAUGCGCCAUUGUCACUCUGGUCUACCUGGAGCGGCUGCUGACCUACGCCGAGCUGGAUAUCUGCCCAGCCAACUGGAAACGUAUCGUCCUGGGAGCCAUCUUAUUGGCUUCCAAAGUUUGGGACGACCAGGCUGUGUGGAACGUUGACUACUGCCAGAUCCUUAAAGACAUCACUGUGGAGGACAUGAACGAGAUGGAGCGUCACUUCCUGGAGCUGCUGCAGUUUAAUAUCAACGUGCCAGCUAGCGUCUACGCCAAGUACUACUUUGACUUACGGCAGCUGGCGGAUGACAACAACCUCAGCUUCCCUCUGGAGCCUCUCAACAACCAGCGGGCCCAAAAACUAGAGGCCAUUUCCAGACUGUGUGAGGACAAGUACAAGGACCUCAGUCGAGCUGCAAUGAGACGAUCGCUGAGUGCAGACAACCUGAUAGGUAUACGAUGCUCCAACGCCGUGCUGUCCUAGCCUGGACUGAUGCUGCCUGGUUUCUAAAACCGAUCUGGUGUCUCGUGCUGUGGCCUGUCGGCCAGGAUUCAGGCUGUGGCGACUCCUUUUCCUUCCACCUGUUGGACCUACAUGAUCUCUCUAGUAAAAUGCAUUUUUGUCUUUGUUCUUCCUCGUUGACAUCAGGCAGUAUUAUUCUGAAUGGCUUCCUGGCAGCUGAAGCCUUCAGAUUUUAAUCCAAAUGUUGUUUUUAGUGACUUCUUGAAGCCUCAUUGGGCGUAUCACGAGAACAAAGACAGGUUUUUGGAAAAGUUAGCAGGGGUGACCUUCUAAGUGGGUGGGAAAUGUGUUAACUGCUCACGUGGUGCUGCCCUUUACGAGUGUUACGUCAAAAAAGUCAACUUUGAGAAUAAAGUUGUAAUUUUUUGAGAAAAGUUGUACAGUUACCAAAAAAAAAUCAAAACAAAAAACUGUAAUAAGGGGGAAAACAAUGACAAGGAAAUUUUUCAAAACAUACUUUUUAUAUUCUAAGAUUUUUUUUUUUUUUUUUUUUUGUAACGUGACGUUUGAGCAAAUGGGAUAGCAACCAGUUAUAACGUUAGACGUAGAAACAUCAAGAAACUGUUGGACAAAGAAUUAAUCCAUCACACGAAAUUAAAAAAAAAAAGUCGCUCUGGUUUUAACUAGAAAUAAAACAUUGUAUUUCAAUUAAAAUUAGACAAAUGUUGUUUGUAAUGUCUUAGUCAAUUUCAUUAUUGAUUAACCAGCGAUUAGAUUAAAAGAAAUCAUUGUUUUUUCAAACUAAGCCAGUUAAAUAAAGAAUAAAGCACGGGUUUAUUACUUCUGAUUACAUUUUUUAAAUUAUCAUAUUUUGAGGGUUUUUUGUUCUCAAACCUUGAUUGCAGAAUUGAACAUUAGACUUUUUGGUUUUUUAAUGACCUGUUGAUGGUCUACCUGUAGUACUGUUGCGGCCCACCGGGGGGGGAGUUCACACGUUCGGCAUCACUGACUGAAAUUUUUAAAUGUAGUACAAGUAGCAAAUUAUAUUGAACAACUAACUUAUUUAACAAUUAAUCAGUUUGGCCUCAUUGUUAAUUGUAAUCACUAAAAGUUAACCAUUGAAACCGU